ACAUGACGGGAACGAUCGUGCAUUCUGCGUAUUGCCAGCGUGUAAAAUAGACGCAACAUGUUCAGGUGGAUGCUACUUCUGUUGGCUUUAGGCUUCCUACUGGUGCCUGGUGAGGCGAGGAGAGGUCGCGCACGUCCCCGGAAUAAGUCUAAGGUACAAAUCGGUCUACCAAUCACUGGCAAGUACCGAGACCCUGAAUCCGACCAAUACUACAAUAACAAUGAUGGUGCAAAAAUCCUAUUGGCUUCUCACUUUGAUUUUGAAUACGUUCUGGGUCACAAAAUUGCCUUCUUAUGCACUGCGAAGGGUAAACCACGACCCCAAGUAACGUGGUUCAAGGAUGGAGUCGAGAUACUCGCGCACCACAAUUUACACAUUCACGAAUGGCUGAUAGGUGACGAGAAAGUGAAGUCCAAGCUGGAGAUAGAUCCCGCUACUCAAAUGGACGCAGGAGUCUACGAAUGUACCGCAGAUAAUAUGUAUUCCAUUGAUCGUCGGUCGUUUAAAACAGACUUUUCGAUUGCCUUUGAUUAAUUUUUUAUUUUUGUUGACGUGCUGUUUCAUAUCUAAUGUAUAUGAGAUUUUGAAAAAAAUUGUAUAUAAUAAACUGUUUUUUUUA